AGCAGUUUUAUGUCCUAACCCCAUGAGCAUCACAAUAACAUCCUCUGUUAUAUCGUCUUUUAAGCGAGUUUUAAGUCAAACGAGCCGGUCAUUUUACUGUCAUGGCUGACUUUUUGCUAAAUUUUAUCAUUUUUCACUUUUACUUUAACUGACUCUUGAAAAUACUAUUUGAAGAGGAAUUCCACCACAAUGAGCAGCAGAGACCCUCCGCCAGGGCCCUCACUGUGGCCACAGUGGCCUGGUAAAAGACGACGCAUGUUUGAAGAGGAAGAGGACAAGGAUCAGAGCCUAAAUGAGAACGAGGAGGUGGUUGUUGAUGUCGAAGUUGACCAUGAAGACAACAUAGAAACUGCUAACACUGAAAAUGAUGGAGAGAGUGCUCCUUCCAUACAUCAACUUCCUGAUGAAAUUCUGCUCAUGAUAUUUCAAUAUUUGGAUCCCUACACUCUAGCCAAUGAUGCUAGUAAUGUGUGCAAACGAUGGCAUGCAAUGGCAUGGGAUGAGUCAUCAUGGCGCAGUAUGCAUUUACAACUUGAUGGCCCUGAGGCAAAGCAAGUUUUGUUGAAAGCUCCUGCUCUUCGGAGGCUAAGUGUUCACUCCUUUGGCGGAUAUGAACCUCUACUACAAUGCACAACACGCAUUUUUGAAAUUGUGAUCACAGUGCGGCGUCUUUUUGAGGAGCCUGAACCUGUUCCACCGGCUGGAGAGAGUCGCUUUAGUUUUGCAGAGGUUCUACCUCGUUUCUCAGAAAACCUUGAGCGUCUGUCUGUUGAAGUUGAGAUUACAGAAGAUGAGUUCAAAGUUAUUGAUGAUCACCUUGACCUGAAAGAGCUACGUAUUGUUUCUAACAACCUCCAGAAUUUCACUAUUUGUAAUCGUCCUAGACGAAGGUUUUUAGAAUAUGCCCAUUUUGAGAAAGAAUGUAUGCUGUGUCAUCUACCUUUGUCCUUGCUUACUACGCAUGGCGCACAUCUUCGUACUUUGGUGGGCAGAGUUGAUGAGACAGCUGCCCAAAUGCUAUCAAGGUGCGAAUGGCUUGAGGCUGCUGACUUAGAUUUGCCAUCAAUAUCAAGCUUACGCCACAUGGAUUCCCUCCAGUACCUUCAUACACUAAGAGUUAGCUUCAGAGCAGAAAUGGAAGAAGAGGAUAGAAGAGAAUGGCGAGAAGAAGAUCGCAUUGACCCUAUUCUUCCACAUUACUCUCAACGCUUGUUGCGACUCUCAAUAUAUCAGCUUCCCACAACAUAUGUGAUUCCUGAGUCUUUUGUUGACAUCCUUAGUCGUUAUAAAGAUCAUCUAGAAAGCCUUGAGAUUGGUAGAGUGAAUUUUAGGAGUAACUAUCAUGGUGUUCAGGUUAUGCGAGUUAUUGAUCAAAUGCCCUGUCUUCGUGUUUUGGGAAUGGGAUCUUUGGGAUGGCCUGCAUAUCCAUUGGGACUGAAAUGCCUAGAAAUUCUGAAGGCAGAUAUGUUUAGUGAUUGGGUCUCAUCAGCAAUAGAGUCUAGUAAGAACUGUCUGAAGAAAGUUAUGGUUGAUGACAUUCCUGAAAUUGUUGCUGAACACUAUUUAUCUGAUUGUGUCAAUUUAGAUGAAUGUAUCAUAAGUUUUACAGCCCUCAAACACCUUAAUAAUAUGGAACAACUUCACAACCUCACACUACAGAUACCCGAGGUGGUUAGUGAAGAAAUGUUUGAGAUAUGUUCUCCAAUACUAUCAAAGGUUACUUACCUGCAGGCUGAAGGCAAAGGAAGUGACAAAGAUGAUGAUCAUUUAAGACUUUUAGGAGCUUCCUGUACUGAUCUAAAAAAACUGACAUUGCGAGGCUGGGGACGAGAAGCAGGGAGAGGUUCAUGGAUGCGAAGCUUUGGAAAUGUUGAAUGGCUAACUUUGGAUUUCUCCUACCAAUUUAGGCGUUCACUUGUGCUAAGAUUAAUAAUGGGAGCCAUGCCUAAGCUAAGAGUACUCUGCUUUGAAAACCAAGAGGGGGAGUAUGGCACAAUAUCUGACUUAGACAAGUUGCAGAUAUUCCGUCCUAACAUCCGAAUAGAGGGAAGCUGGAAAGAGAGUGUGCCAAGAGUUUACAACCAUAUACAGCUUUAUCAGCCAUAUUAAAAGCUUUGGCAUGUGGAACUGAAUUUAUUUGUGAUAAUAGGUUAUAACCAGAACAAGAACCAUUCUGCACUAGAUUGCUGCUCUUCUAUUUUUAUUGUAGCUUUCCUAAUGCUUGCAGAUCUUCCUUCUCUAUUCUGUGUUCUAGAAUUAUUAUACUAACAUACAGUUUGGAAUGUCAUUAAUUUGUAGACAUUUCACAGUACUGCAGCCAUAUAUAUUUUUGUUUUAAUUUUUGUUAAAUAUCACUUAAUUUUUCCUCACACUUUUUGAAUCAAUUAAGUAGUGAAAGAAAUCUUCUUAUUGUACAUUGUUUAUAUAGUAUGUAGUCCUUGCUUUUACUUCUUUGAAUUAUUUUAUUAUUGUUGAAAUAGCCCUUUGAAGCUGAUGCCUUGAUUCAGAUGAUGAAUGUGUUCAUGUUACAUUGCAAUUUCGUGCACCUUGGUUACCGCUGCUCAUUCUCAUUCGUUAACUUUCAUUCAUUUUUAUUUAUUCUUUCGUUCAUGUGUAGAUGACUUCAAUCAGUUGUGUUAUGUUUAAAACAUUAUCUCAACUGAAUUGUAUUGGGUAUUUUCUUUCCCUUUAUGGUCUGUAAGGUGUGUUAAUCAUUCUUACCUAGCAUUUUACACAAAUCAUACCUCAUGUCUGAUUGAUUGAUCCUCCCAUAAUUAUUAUGUCAGUUUCAUUAUGUAAAUCUUAAUUUAUAUCAUAACAUUAACUUUUCUUCACUGCUGUAUCAUCCCUAUCCUUGACCCACCCCCUCUUCAAUCUCACAAUAUUAUGUUACCUUCUCAUCACUAGUUAUUUUUUUUUAAAUGUUUAUAUAAUUUAUCUCCCAGCUCUUAACUUGUUCUGAUUUUCAGAAUUUGGGAAGCAUGAGUGUCAUAUAAUAGGCUUGUUCAUUUAAGACCAAUUUGUAAAUUGGAAAUUGUAGUCUUAAAACUGGAUGUAAAUCUAUGAAUAAACCACAGAUUAUUGAAAUGUUCAA